UUAUGCAUGUGGAGCGUACAAAAGGACCCUCGAGACAGAUUGUCAGCUCUGGACCUUCUGAGUCACCCAUUCAUCAAGAAGUUUGAAGAUAAGGACAUUGACCUAGGGAUUCUGUUAGCAGAAGCAACAAAAGCACAAUUUUCAUGUGAUUACAGUGAUCACCUUGCUCUUGUCCGAGCUUAUGAGGGCUGGAAAGAAGCUGAAAGAGACGUAGCUGGAUAUGAAUACUGCUAGAAGAAUUUUCUUUCUGCUCAGUCAAUAAAAGCUAUUGAUCCUCUGCGAAGGGAGUUCUACUCUUCACUUAAGGAAUAUGUUUUAAAUUUUAAUGCUAGAUGGAUGUGA